AUGUCAUACCAUGCAGAAAAAGCAGCACCGCAGCGAAACGAGGAGCCGAUGAUGGAAUAUGAACAAAAAAUUGGUAGUGGCGAGAAAACAGCUGAGGAAAUUGUGGAAAGGACCACCGGAUACGAAGCCGCAGAAAUGGCAAUCAAUUCUGUGGUCGAGGAAGUUCGAGCAGAGCAGGCGGCAAAAUCUGAGAAUUGUGAGGGACGUACAAGUGAGGCCGCUGAAGCAGAAGAGGAAAACAAAGUGGAAGAUGCGAGAGGUGACGUCAAUGCUAGUUCAGUCCCCAGCACAUCUUCGUUAAUCGAUGAUAUCGAAAAUCUGUCUUACUCAAUGCAGUGCUCUGAUAAUCACUCAGGACGUGAUGAUAAGGAGAAUGAACCAGAACGUGUGCGAAUUGGAUCUGGACGCUACGGCUUACGGACGAUAUCUGAUUUUCCCGAUGAUGAACAAGCGGCGCUUUUUGAAAAAGCCAAAAAAAUUGCUAACAAAGCCGAAUUUUCAAGGUAA